AUUAUGUAUUCUAUACCGAUUGAGAUACCGAGAUACUGAUUGGGAUACCGAAAUUAUUUAGAGAUUGAGAUUUGGAUACCGAAAUUAUUUAGAGAUUGAGAAUGAGAUUAAUUUUAGUAUGUAAUUCGGUAUCUGAUAUUGGGAUACCGAUACCUACAAAUUUCCACUCUUACCCACAAAUCGAGAUACUAAAAAUGUGAUCCGGAUUCCGGCCCCAGAAAUAUAGCGAACUAUAAAUGCUCCACAAAAAAAAAAAAAAAAAUAAAAAUUCUCGCUUCUCCCUCAAUAUUCCGCAAAGACAACAAAUGAGGUUCAUAGUCGGCGGUUUCGUUUCGUGAGGUCGAAACCCUAGUUUCACUUUUCCGCCUCAGUUGCCGUCAAUGGAGACUACUGAAAUCGCGCCGACUGCUCAAUCAAAGUUACCGAAGGUAGCAACGGGCGAUUGGAUUAGCUCCCUACCGGACGAAAUCCUCUCCCACAUUCUCUCUUUCCUCCCAACAAAAUACGCCGUCGGCACCUCUUGCCUAAGCCGACGUUGGAAGGAUCUGUGGACUGGGCUGUACGAGCUCGAUCUCGACAACCGCGACACCUUGUUGGGGAACACAGGCAAUCGCUAUGAGAUUCUUCGGAGGCAAGACUUUGAGUUCACCCGCUUCGUCGACAGGGUUCUGAGAGAGCACAAGGAUCUCAAUUCUCUGAGGCGUUUCCGCAUACAUUUCGAUGCACCGAACAGCAAGGUGAGCCCCAAUCUCUUGAUGAGGUUAAGAUUGGCGUCCGAUGAGUCUCGGCUUGAGGAAAUGGAUGUUAGUUUUGAGGUGAACCGUUCUUGCCUUCCAGACACACUCUACAGUUUGAAUCGUCUAAAAAUUUUGAAGCUUAACAGCGCUGUGUUACAGAGCGCCACAAAAGGGUCUGUUCUUCUGCCUAGUUUGAACAUGCUGCAGCUUUUGAGAGUAAGGAUUAAGGACUGUGAGUCAUUAAGCAGUCUCAUCUCUGGUUGCCCUGUUCUAGAGACUCUACAUUUGGAAAAUUGCUACUACUCAAACAGGAAGGAGGGUGACGAACUCAUUGCUUCCUUACCUUACUUGAAGAACUUGACCGUUAUCAGCAAGGGCUUCCUUGGUAAUCAGUUGUGCUCCUUUAUAAUAGAGGCACCAUGUCUUGAGCAGCUUUAUCUUGACCAUUUCUCUGAGUUUGAGUUUCUGGACAGUAGCCGUCCUAUGUCAUGCCUUCAUUCAGUGCAUAUUGACAUUGGUCAUUAUCGAAUUUCGGAGCGUGGCUUGAUUAGGUUCCUCGCUCACGUCUCUAGUGCAAAGGAAAUACACUUAUCACCGCAGAUUCUGAAUGUUAUGUUAGAUUUCCAUCGUGAUGUUCAGCUGCCUAUCUUUCCCAAUCUGACACGUUUGACAAUUGAAGACCCUGAAAGCAGCUUCGUUCUGCACUCCUUGCUCAACUCGGCCCCCAAAUUACAAUCUAUUGUUAUUGACUUGAGGGAUGCGUCAAUGUCGUGGACUAAACUUGCUCGCACCCCUCGCCCUCAGUGUCUGUUGUCAAGCCUCGAGGAAAUUAAGGUAAAAAAUAUCUACGCAGAUGAAGAUCAAAUGAAUAUGGUGGCAUAUUUGCUCAAGGCUGGAGCUGUACUGAAGAAGGUGGAUGUGCACUUGUAUGAGGAUGUUAAUUACAAUGAUCUUUCUAUGCAACACCGUGCUGAAGACCGAGACCGUCUUGGGUCACUGCUAAAACUACCAAGAGGCUCGAAGGCUUGUGAAGCUCAUCUUUUUCUUCCCAACGGCGACGAGAUUGGUUUAUAGCAACAACGAGACUGAUGGUGACAGCGACUUUUAGGACAUGGAUGAUGGUGAUGACGAUGACAAUGGCAUGAAAAGGCGAUGUCGACGAUAUGGGUUGAUGAGAUUGCCGCAGAUAAUCAUGACUACGGCACCAGCAGCAGUGAAGAUUGCUCGCUGUAAGGGAGCCUUGAAGAUUAUGUGCGUCUUUUUUAGAAGAAUAUUGCUUCGUAGGAGCCGAGAUCUUCGGAGUUUGGGAAGACUUUUUUACUCUCUCUUGCCUCGGUUCCUUUAACCUAUGCUCUGCAACUAGAAAGAGACUCUUAGGCAUCUAUUGACAAUUUGACAUGUAGAUGGAACUAGGGAAGAACAAACUUGAAACUUCCUACCCCCUUGUGGCCAACAAUAUUCUGUUUGAGAGGAAGUAGAGUGAACUAAGAAUUCGAUGGUGCGAGUCAUCGCGCUGCAGGGAGUCUACUGCAUCAAGGAAUUCGGGCUCAUCCCGAUUCUUGUAGUGCUUCAAUGAAGUUGACAAGCAGAGAUCACUUGGUAAGUGACGAGCUCUGGCCUCUGGGAUGUGAUACCGAACCAUGACGCUGCGAGGAUUGUUCCGGUGACUGGUGAGAGCGAGAAAUCGAAAGGUUUGCAGUUGGCAUUGGCGAACCGCUAGCAGAAUGCUCGGCCGUAAUGACACCUAUUUUUGGGAUAUAAAUUAGUUACUAAUGAAAUAACAUUUAUAUU